UGUGUUUGCCCUUGGCGAGAAGUGGUUUGGCAGCUUUUUUCUCAGUAUCAGGUCGUGAGUGCGAGAGACUGAACGUUUUUCUCCGCCAGUAUGAGAUUUAUUUUUGCGCUUGUGAUUGUUUUUGCUUGCAAUUGCGCUGCACUCGAGGAUGCCAGAAGCAAUCAGCAAAUAGUUUUUCAAAAUAAGGACGAACACAUUUUCGAGGUGCGCAGCACGACAACGUCGGCAACAACUCAAGCCAGCAGUGACGUUUCAUCGACGUCCUCGCAAAGCCAGGAAAGUACGACUACAGGCAGACCUUCAACUCCGCAGCAGCCUUUUUUGGACAGGCAAAAACAAACUGCUGACAGGCUUGGAAAUGAAGGAAACAAGAACUGCAACUGCAUACGAAUCGAUCAGUGUCCGCUGGUGGGUACCAGAAUUGUCACCCCUGAGAGCAACUGCACAGAAAAAAACUUUGUUCUCUGCUGCUCGAAACCAAAACCUCCGAAACAUUCUGCGUUGACGUGUGGCUUCAGGCCGAGUAGCAUUACCCUGCCUGCUGAUGAGGCCCCCCAACCUGGACAGGCCCCAUAUGGCUACUAUCCGUGGGUAGUGGCUUUGCUGGACGCUGAGACGAAUGUCUAUCUCGGCGGAGGAGUUCUCCUCAACAACGUGCACGUUUUGACCGCUGCGCAUAAAAUCUACACAGUCGACAACAGUUCAAAUCCAGAGAGAAUUAAAGUGCGUUUGGGAGAGUGGGACGCGAGGAACCACAGAGAGCCAUAUCGGCCGGUAGACCGCAACGUGACGGACAUCAUCGUCCACCCAGAAUUCAACGCCAAAAACCUGAAAGGAGACGUCGCCAUCCUAACCAUGGAAGAAGUUGUUCAACUCAGGCAGAAUCCACACAUCGGAUCGGCUUGCUUGCCGGCUGCAACUUCCAAUUUUGUCGGACAAAGGUGCUGGGUUUCUGGCUGGGGCAAAGACGCGUUUGAACCGAUGGGCAAGUUACAGGAGGUGAUGAAACACGUCGAUGUGCCAGUGAUCGACCCUGCAGAGUGCGAAACAAGACUUCGCGAUACUAAACUGAGCCAGUAUUUCCAGCUGGACAGGCAGAGUUUCCUCUGCGCCGGUGGAGAGCCUCAGAAGGACGCUUGCACGGGUGACGGCGGUUCUCCUUUAGUUUGCGAGAGCACCACGACUCAGGGCCAAUUCUACGUGGCCGGUUUGGUGGCCUGGGGCAUCGGGUGCGCGACGCCUGGACUACCUGGCGUCUACGUCAAUGUCGCGGGCUACUCAGACUGGAUUAGAGAAGUGACCGCAAACUUCAGGAACUUGGAGUAUUAAAUAAAAUAUUUAAAUCACAUGAA